AUGACCGAAGAAAAUAAGAAGGAGAAGGAGACCCGUGACGAGAAGAAGACUAUCCCACCGUUUGACGGUAAGGAUUAUGAAGUGUGGCAUGAACGUGUUAAGUUGAAGAUGCAGAGAAAGAAGUUGUGGAAGUACUGCGAGAAGGAGGUGGAGGAACCAGAGGAGACUAAGCAGGCGGAACAUGAUACGUGGGUGAGCGAGACUUCUCGAGCGAAGGAGAUAAUUUACGACGCCAUGACGAACAAUAUGAUGAAGACUGUUAAGUAUGAGCACACCCCGUUUCGUGUGAUGGAGAGACUGAAGAAGAGAUUCAUGGGGAAGACUUACCUGAAGUAUGCGGAGGGAAGAGCUAAGUUGAGUCGACUCCGUUUGAAUCCGAAUGGAAAUUUACCUGAUCAUUUGAGUGAAAUGCGGCGGCUUAUGGAGACAAUUGCUGAAGUUGGAAAACCUCUGGAUGAGUAUGAACGGCCAGCGUUGCUUAUUGGUUCCCUAUCGCGUGACUACGAUAAUGUUGUGCAAACGUUUCUUGCUAAGUGGAAGAGGAGAUGA